AUGGCGACAAAACGAAAGGGCUCGUUUUCAGGGAGCGCGGACGAGCAGCAAAUAGAUCCCUCUGACGAGCUUCUAUUCCACUGCCUGGGAGGCGGCAAUGAGGUCGGGCGGUCCUGUCACAUUAUACAGUAUAAGGGGAAGACGGUUAUGCUUGAUGCUGGAAUGCACCCCGCGAAAGAUGGAUUUGCAGCACUCCCUUUCUUCGAUGACUUCGAUCUCAGUACCGUCGAUAUCCUUUUAAUAAGCCAGUACGUCCAUCCUCCCCUCCAUGUUCGGUUUAUUGGUGCAACAACCCCCCUUGUCAGCCAUGCGCAGAUGGAUAUACAAACAGAUAUACAAACUUUCUUUUCACUGCCUUUCCUCCAUGUUCAAACAUGUACUAUGAGAUAUUCAAUGCAAUUCAAAUUUUUAUUAGCCUCGACAAUAUGGUGUUUGCCCUCGUAUCCCAAUGUAUUCGUCCUCUACAGCAUUGUUAAUUUCAUUCCCCUUGCACAAUAUUUCCACAACCCUAAGCGAGAUCAGGCAGCUAACUUGUGGCAGUUUUCAUUUGGACCACUCUGGGUCGCUGCCCUAUGUCCUUAGCAAGACAAAUUUCAAAGGCAGGGUCUUCAUGACCCAUGCCACCAAGGCUAUCUAUAAGUGGCUGAUACAGGAUAAUGUCCGAGUCAGCAAUACAUCCUCCUCCUCCGAUCAACGGACAAGUCUCUACAAUGAACAUGAUCAUCUUUCAACCCUCCCCAUCAUUGAAACGAUCGACUUCAACACCACCCACGCCAUCAACAGUAUUAGAAUUACUCCGUUCCCGGCUGGCCAUGUGCUUGGCGCCGCCAUGUUCCUCAUAUCCAUCGCCG